ACACUCAGUUAAGUUAAUAUCGUGUGCAAAAUACGUACAUAGGCGAAUUUUCACCGCUAUUCGACAAAGGUUUGGUGCAGUUCACAUCUGAAAUCAGGUUUCCUAUACACUUUCAAGGAAAGGUAAAAAGAGCUAAAAAUCAACCAUGCCUUUCGUACCCAAGGAAAUGGCCAAGUGUCCAAAAUGCAGCAAGUCUGUUUAUGCGGCCGAGGAAAGACUUGCCGGGGGUUUCAAAUGGCAUAAAGUGUGCUUCAAAUGCGAUACUUGCAACAAGGCCCUCGACAGCACAAACGCCAACUGCCACGAGGCCCAUCUCUACUGCAGGUCAUGCCACGGCAAGCAGUUUGGACCCAAGGGAUACGGUUUCGGCGGUGGCGCAGGCGCUCUCAGCACAGAGACGGGUGCUCAGUUUGGUGUGAAAACGGCCGAAAUGAGCAAUAAACCAACUCAAGCCGUUGUUGGGAGUGUCGGCACUGGUCCCAAAUGCCCACGUUGUGGCAAAUCUGUCUACGAUGCCGAGAGAGCCAUCGGUGUCAACAUCCCAUGGCACAAAGCCUGCUUCCGAUGCCAGGACUGCAAGAAGGCCGUGGACUCCACCACUAUGGCCAUGCACGAGAUGGAACUCUUCUGUAAAGGAUGCUACGGUAAGCGUCAUGGACCGAAGGGUUUUGGAUUCGGUGGGGGGGCCGGAGCCCUGCAUGGGUCAGUAACAACGCUGUGGGGGCAAAAGGGGGAGCUUGUAUCCCCAUGCUGUACACGGUGCCAUCCUCUCGGAAAUACAGUCCCCUCAGACGUGUCACCCGAUCACCGGAAACAGUUCGAUUCCACCAUGUUGCUUUUCUACAUGUUUCAGAUGAGAUUCAUAAUUGUUGGAGAUAAACACAUCAAAUCACGGCAGCGCACUGGGACUUGGCAAGGAAUGUCAGACCGUCUUUCACGUUGAGGCAGUAGAGUUAUCAGCAGAUGAUAACUCUUUGCCAUUUCACCCAAAUCCACUUGUGAAGACGGAUUAAGUUUCAGUGAUGCUCCCCACCAUAGACCGUUACUCACAUUGCCUUGUCUAUUAGACUGGCUAGACAGUUACUUCCCUACCCUGCCUGGCCCUUCACGUUUGCCUGACUCCUUAUUCGCACAACUGUUGUAGAUUAACGUUAUCGUCCUGGUAAGGAAAUCCUUUCUCACCCUUUACUAUUGUAUGAAGUUCACUAAUGUGCAGCUACCGUAGUUAUCUUCAUGCGUGUACAUAUUGUCGUUUAAUAAAUUGUUCGGAGUAU